AGUGAGAUAUCAGAUACCCGUGCCGUGGUGCUGCAAUAAUAGGGCUCUCCUCCUGCUAUCCCACCCACCACCAGACCCAACCCAAACCCUCUUCUCCUCCAGUCCUUCUCGCCUGAGCUGAGCUCCCAAGAAGAAGCUGAGAAGAGCUGCCGGGGCGCCAUCCGGCAGUUGGGGACGAACAGCAACCUCCCAGCCGACGACUUGCUAGCUCCUUCCCUACCCACCCCCACCAACCACUGCCGCCGGCAACCAGGGAGCUUCACAUCCAUCCUCCUCGCGCGCCCUUUUCGUUAGUGCGCACCUAACCUUUCUGCCUGCCUGCCGGCUACGAGCGACCACUACAAGUGAGCUAGCGAGCCCGGCGGUGUCGGGGAUGAAGAAGCUGUACCAGGGGAAGGGCCGGCGGGUGCACCCGGCGCCGCCGCCCGCGCCCGACGCGGCCCUCGCCCUACUCCCUGCCGCCCUGCUCGCCCUCGCCGCCACGCUCACGCCCGAGGAGCAGGAGGUGCUCGCCUACCUGCUCUCCGGCAUCGGCACCGGCGGCGGAGGAGCACCAAGCGGGCGCCGCACCACCAAGCGCCACAACGGGCCCCACCUGCCGGACAUGGGCUGCGGCUGCUUCGGCUGCUACAAGACCUACUGGGCGCGCUGGGACGCCUCCCCCAACCGCCACCUCAUCCACCGCAUCAUCGACGCCGUCGAGGAGGGCUCCGCCGCCGCCUCCAGCCCCGCCGGCCCGUCAACGCGCCGCGGUGGACAGCGCCGCCGCCGCCGUGGCGGGCGCGCCGGCCACGCCCUCGACGCCGCCGCCGCUGCCGACGCCCUCCUGCCAGACGCAUGCCGCGUUGACCUCCAGCCCUGCUGCGCCUCCGACGGCGGCGGGGACGACGACGGCGACUACGAGGGCGACGACGACGACGGCGCCGACAGCGUCUACGGCGGGGACCGCGAGGACGAGGCCCUCACGGACGACAGCGACUGCGCCAGCACCGCCGAGAAGAGCGCUGUGGGGAAGCUCGUGCGCUUCAUCGGCGAGAAGGUCUGGGCCGCCUGGACCUGAGCUAGCCGCCUCUGCUGCCUCUACUUAGCUGUUCUUGUAGAUUAGGAUGGAAGGAAGAAGACCGCCAAGAUGGCGAGGUCGUCAAGGUCAGUAUGGCUACCAGUAGUAGUUGUUGUUUUGUUCAAGAACACUUUUUGCUGUUCUUUCUUUCGAUUUCUUGCACUCUCAUGAUGAUGAUGAGCACUCCUGAGGUAUGGAGACGGGGGAUUAUCAUGGGUUUAAUCAAAUCCAAAUCAAAUCCCCCACUCUUCCUCCUCUCAUGUAACAUAUUUUUGCUCCCCUGGUUCAACAACAAGGAACUUCUUGCAA